UGUUUCAUGCUGGAGCACCUGCGCGUUCGCUGUGUGUCCGGAUUGGACCAAUCAAUUGUAGCGGCGCUCCAGGUCUCCCAGGAUGCAUUUCACCACUUCCAUGUCAGUCAAGUCGUGAAGGCGGUGCUUCUACUGCUGUACCCUGAGAGGGAGGGUUCUGUCCAUACAGACAAUUGGGACCAAAUGAAGAUGAUGCUGAGCACUGACCUGGGCUACAGGCUGGCCAGGUUUGAACCCUUAGCCAGGGCAGUGACAGUGGACAGGGAGCUGGUCCACAGCUGCAUAGCAGGAGUUGAAAGGAGGGAGUUGGGGCAACAUGGAUCAUUACCACUGGAGGACCUGUAUGACUGGGUAUCCAUCUGUUUGUCUAUCUGUUCCUACUAGAUUCAAGUUUGAAUGUUUAUUCACCACGUACACAGGAUACAACAGGCAUAAAACAGAACAGUGAAAUUAUUUCCUUGAGAGGUGUUUCCCAACAAUGCAGAGAUGAUAUAGAUAACAGAACAUUAAAAAAAAGUUUCAUUAAAAACCGCACGAGAACAGUGAUGUGAGUUAGAAACAUGAGAAUGCAAGUAUAUACAGUGCCUUGCGAAAGUAUUCGGCCCCCUUGAACUUUGCGACCUUUUGCCACA